ACCUUCCCCUUCCCCUUCCCCUUCCCCUUCCCCUUCCAUGUCUCAAUCGCUGAUUUUUCAUUUUCUCCUCUUAACUUUCACCAUCUUUUCCUCCGCCGCCAUUUCCACCACCGCCGCUACACCGAAAAUAACUCAGCAAUUCAAAGAAGCCUCCAAGUUCUACAACUCUCCGGAUUGCCCUGUAAUGUUAACCACUGAUUAUGGAGACGAAUCAAAUGGCGAAGCCUCGAUUUCAUGCUCGGACCAAGCAGUUCACGUGGCAAUGACCCUCGACAAACCUUACAUCAGAGGAUCCAUGGCGGCUAUCUUUUCAGUGCUUCAACACUCCUCUUGUCCCCACAACAUCGUCUUCCAUUUCGUUGUCUCCGCCACCGGGAACGCGUCAAUCUUACGCUCCACCAUAUCUUCCUCCUUCCCUUACCUCAACUUCAAACUCUACCCUUUCGAUGACUCUACCGUUUCCCGUCUCAUUUCAAUAUCAAUCCGUUCCGCUUUGGAUUGUCCUUUGAACUACGCUCGAAGCUACUUAGCCGAUCUCUUUCCUUUAUGCGUCCGCCGUGUUUUGUACCUCGACUCGGACCUGGUUCUCGUCGACGAUAUAGUUAUACUCGCUGCAACUCAACUCGGGGAUAACUCAGUCCUGGCGGCACCGGAAUAUUGCAAUGCCAACUUCAUCUCCUACUUCACUCCGACGUUUUGGUCGAACCCUUGGUUAUCCUCGACUUUUUCGAACCGUAAAGCUUGUUAUUUCAACACUGGGGUAAUGCUGAUCGACCUUGAUCGAUGGAGGGAAGGGGAUUACACGAGAAAGAUCGAGGAAUGGAUGGAGAUUCAGAAAAGAAUGAGGAUUUAUGAGCUGGGUUCAUUGCCGCCGUUUUUAUUGGUUUUCGCCGGAAAUAUAGCUCCGGUAGAUCGGAGGUGGAAUCAACACGGUCUUGGGGGUGAUAAUAUUGAAGGUCUGUGCCGGGAUUUGCAUCCUGGUCCGGUUAGUCUUUUACAUUGGAGUGGAAAAGGGAAGCCAUGGGCGAGGCUUGAUGCUAAAAGACCCUGCCCUUUGGACGCUUUGUGGGUACCUUAUGAUCUACUGGAAGUUGGAGAGUAAUUCAGCCAAAUAUUCGAUUAAUUGUUGGGUAA